UGAAAAAUUACGACGAAGUUGGUAUAGAAGGUUCACUUUCCCCCAUUCUGCCGGCACAGCGUUGUCUCGUGGUCGACGAUGCUUGUUGGUAGCGCGUGGCGGCGCGGCGAUCGCAUGGCCGCCCUCAGUGUUCGCGAGCCUCGCUCGGUGUGUGUUUCGUGGCGCGGUCGUCGUUGUCGUUGUUGCCCGUAUCGCUGGGCUCCGUUUGCUUUUUACAUGUUGCAUCGUAUACGCUCGUAAUUAAUUCCGUCGCGAAUCCGUCCACGCGCGAACCGUGCAACCCCGUGGCGUGUGUGCGUGCCGUACGAGCGAGUUCGUUUGAUCAGUAACUUCCAGCGACGAGACGUCUACGCGUUUAUACAGUGUCUCUCGCGGUGGACCGAGCGUGUGUGUCAACUUUCGUGUGCGUGCUUUCCUGUCGACGUCGGCGUCGUCGUCGUUGCGUCGCCGUCGUCGUCGUCGUUUCUCGUGCUAAGUUCGGAGUUCGUGGCACCCCGUGCCUUCCCACAGUUGUGCCUGCAAAAAUAUCUCCGUCUCUUUUGCACCUGUGUUUUCUGUGCGUACGCGCCUAGUAUGUGCUUCUGUGUUUAUAAUCGUUGCGUCCUUUCUCUCCGUCUCGCUCACCUCUCACCUGCAGCCAGAAGGCACACAGGUGUCCCGCGAAGGAGUGGCGACGCCUGCCCGUGAAUCGUCACCGCUGUGAUAUAACGCCGAGGAAACGUCCCUUUAUUCGAGUCCUGCCAAACGGAGCCAUCCAUUGACCCCCCAGGAAACGUAAAGUUCCCAUUGCGCAGGACGAUUCGUCGACCGUGGCUACUUCGUGUCACGAAAGAGAGAGAACGAGAGAGAGAGCGAAAGAGAGAAAAAAAAAAGAACUCGCGCCUCCUCGUCGCGAUUGGCUUCAAUUGUAAAUGAACGCCACUGGACGCGGGAUUAGAACCAUCUAUCCUGGCCGAUUAUCCUUCAUGGAUCGUACAGUGCCAUAACAUCGUAGGCGCCCGACGUCGCGAACAAGAGAAAACGACUGCCGCAACGUGCCAAUGUAACUCACGACCAGUCAAGGUCCCCGAGACUCCGCUGAAGUCUGCAAAUAAUCCGUCGAAGCGAUAACGUGAAUCGUCCGCUCCACGCAAUAUCCUGCCAUCUUAUAUUUGUACCUUUUAUACGAGCCAGAAGACAAUAACCGUAGAGGCGCGCGACGGAAGCCCUCGAUAACUUUUCAUUGAUGGGGUUUCUUCUCGACUGCUCCUUCGCGUCGCGUGUAACCGCGUUAUUGGGAUUUAGAGGAUCGUGAAGAUCGUCGAUCAGCACGCUGUACGUGGUAGCCGCGCUGCCAGCAGCGCUCAGGGGAACCCAUAAAUUUCCACGCCGAGCCUGAACUCACUAAACCCUGAGCCGUGGAGCUGCCGCGAAGUAACAAGCGACGCGAGCCGACCUCUCGACCGGGCAGCCGUCAGGAUGUUCCAGCCGACCAGCACCCGGUAGCUUCGUUACCGGGCCUGGUCGCGAUCCUCAGCCCCUGGAGGAGGAAGAAGCGCGGUCGUUUCAAGGAUCGUACGUCGACGAUGUCCAUACGCGUCAGCGGCGUCUACCUGGUGCCCAGUCCCGCCGCCAACGAGGGCAAUAACGAGAAGACCGGUAAUCUGCCCGCGGAGAACAAUCUCCACCAGCAGCACCAUCAUCAUCACGCGGCGAAGACCGUCACCAUCGUGGCGGGUCCUCAGAGGAGCAACAGUCUGGAUUACCUGAAUUUCGAGGAGAAACGGCAGAUCAUCGCGUCCUCGUUGUCCCUGAGCGAUUUCUUGGCCCACGGACCCGCUGCAGCCGCCGCCGCCGCUAAGGAAGUCGCGGCCAACACGGUCAUCGCAAAGAAACAGAAUGGGGCGGCUUUACGGACGAAUAGCUUGGGGUCGGGGGCGAGGACACCACCCCUCGAAAGGAAAAGCAAGUUCUCGGCCCUCGGUAGACUCUUCAAACCGUGGAAGUGGAAACGGAAAAAGAAAUCGGACAAGUUCGAGGCCGCCUCCUUGUCGCUCGAGAGGAAAAUCUCGGUACGAGCCAGCAGAGACGAGUUGGUACAGAAAGGAAUCCUGCUACCAGUGAUAAGGUCCACGUCGUUUCCUGAAAAUGAGACGAUCGGCGACUCGACGGACGGCCAGAAACCGCCGACGCCGCAACAGACGCACCAACAGCAGCAACAGCAACCGGCCGGCGAAGGGGUUGGUACCGGCGGCAGUGGCACCCCUGCAGCAACACCCACGUCCGCCGGUACCAUGCAGCAAUCCCAACAAUCCCAGCAAGUAACCUCGGCCACCCCAACCCCAACGACUGCCAAUCCGCAUUCAACAGGACCGCCCAGCGAUCAACCCUCGCCGCAUCUCUCGUCCCUUUAUCCGGGGAUCCCGCAACCCGGCCAGCCCAACGGCAGCACGCAAGGUGAGUCGAAUGGAAAAUCUUUAACGAAAGAUAGUCGAUACGAUUCUCGGUUAAAUCGAGAGCCGAAGAAGGAAAAGACUGAACAGAGUGCAAAUGGCGCGGUAUCGCCGGGCGGUGAGCCGCAAGCGACUCAGGGCACGGCAACGACCGGCAGCGUGCCGGUCUCGGCCGAAUCCCCGAAUUCAGGGGACCAGCAAAAGCCGUGUAGGCCGUACAACCUGGUAUCCAGGACGGUAUCCAGGGAUGUAGCCAGGAGACUCAAGCUGUUCGACAUGGACAAGGGGGUUCUGGAACAGAGCGGCGAGAACCAACAAGUAAUCGAAUGGUGCUUCCCCUUGCCGUCUCAGAACACGAUGAUGCUGUCGGAGCUUCCGGAACCGCCGAUUCCAUUGAGCGAGAUCGGCCCGAUUCCGCCCCCGCCGAUGUUCAGCUCUUCGAGUCCUACUCUGUUGUUGGCCAAACAGCGGCAAACACGGAAUCCCCUAUCCUCGGAUUACGAGGACGAAGAAGACGAGGAAGACUUCGACGGGGACGACGAAGACAACGUGUACGUGGUCAGGAUGUCCCAGCCGGAUCCUACCAUCGACACGUCGAGGGUCGAGGAGAUUCCCGCCAAGGAGCCUAAGUUUCACGCGGUGCCGCUGAAGAGCGUGCUGAAGAAGAGGGGUUCCGGAAGUGGUCCCGGAACGCCGCAGAACACGCCCACGCAGGAGAACAGGCCGUUGACCCUGCGCCAAGAGCUGCAAGCCUCCUUCAAAAGGCCACCGUUGAGGCCUAGGAUGAGAAUAUGCAGUCGACCGGUCAGAUUCGGCUUCGCCCUGCCUAGCACUUUGGAGAACAAGGAGAACGCGAGGCCGUACGUGAUCAGGGAGGACGUCGAUGGCGACUCGGGUGACGGGCAGGUACUUUACAGGGACGACUACGACGACGAGAAAAGCCGGUUGGCAGCGAAGAUCGCGCGCAAGGAGUCGCUGUCGCUGAAGCUCUCCCUGAGGCCGGACAGGCAGGAACUCAUCAACAGGAACAUCCUUCAGCUGCAGUCGGACAAUGAGAGGCAGGAAACGAAGGAGGCAAUUGGUGCCAAGCUCAUCAGGCGGCUGAGCAUGCGACCGACCCAAGAGGAACUGGAGGAGCGAAAUAUCUUGAAAAAGCAAAGCCCCGCCGAGGAGAAGAAACAGAAGGAGGAGAAGAAGCGAUACCUGCUGCGGAAACUCAGCUUCCGACCGACCGUCGAAGAGCUUAAGGAGAAAAAGAUUAUCAGGUUCAAUGACUACAUUGAAGUCACGCAGGCCCACGAGUACGAUAGAAGGGCUGACAAGCCUUGGACACGAUUGACCCCCAAGGACAAGGCAGCCAUUAGGAAGGAGCUGAACGAGUUUAAGAGUUCCGAGAUGGCCGUUCAUGAGAACAGCCGACACCUCACCAGGUUCCAUAGGCCAUGACAAUCGCAAUGUGUUGAGGUGCUACAGUGUGGUGCGGGUAUAGGUGAAGGUGCAGUGUGGUGGCCUCGCGUCGAGGCUGGAUAAAUCGGGUAUCGUGGCUUCUGAGGAUUUAACGACGAGGAGUGCGCGCGGUACUCGCAGACGGUCGACGGUGGUAUUCUUUUGACGUUGCUGCGUCGUGUUGUCAUUCGUCGUCGUCGUCGUCGUCAUCGUCACCGUCAUCGUCAUCCGCCCGCGUACGUCAUCGCUAUACGUCAUCAUCGCGUGUAAUCAUCAUCAUCCAUCACCAUAAAUCGCCGUCUACGCUGACGACGAACGUCUCCAUGACGUCGACGAAGAUUGUGAUAGGGUGGCCUGCGGCCGUAAUGGGGUUCACAGGCAGGUCACUUGCUGAAUUUCUCUUCGUUAAGGCUCGUUCACACGCGGCUCGUUAAUCGAGCGUGCCCGGCGCGCGGACAUUUUCUGAGCGUUUGCAUUUAUUCGAUGCCAAAAAAAAUGAAAAUGAAUAAAAACAAAAAAAAGGUGAAGAAAAUGAAACGAUGGAGGGAGGGUAGGGGAAACGCGUGGAAAUUGUUCGCGUUCACGUGGAACCGUUUAGAGACUAAGGAUUCUACUUUGUAAUUGUAAAACAGGCCGAGGGAAUCGAAAGCGUCGUUCGGCGUAUAAUAAGACUACCUUUUGUACGAACGUUCGUGAAGCUCACUCUUGUAUAUUAAGGACGAAAGUAGCAUUGCCGUGUACCACCUUGUUCCCGAUAAAAAUAAACCUCGAAAGUCACUCAGCGCUGUUCGCGCGUAUAGUAUUGGGGGGGUGUAGUUAGCUCGUUACACGAUAGAACCGUAAAAGUAAAAAUGAAACUUUCGAAAACUCGCGCGCAGGAGCUCGCGUGUGAACGAACCUUUGUGUAUGUUAAUACACCGCUCUUUUUUCCUUCUGCCAUCGAAGCUAGCUCAUCAGUGUCACCUGGCAUCAUCGUGUGUAUACGUAAACGAUUUUCAAAUUUUAACCCUUUAUCGUUCGUGUGAUAUAUCUUGUGAAUAUCUUGCGAAAUACUCAUAGCCAAUAAAGAGAACGAAGCAAUUGUCGCGCUCUCCCCGCGUGGAGGGGAAUAAAAAUAGUUCUCUGUAACGAAAGGGGAGGAAAAAAAAAAAAAAGAAGAAAAGGGAAGAAGAAGACCCGUCGAAAUGAUUUAGGUCGGAUUUAGUUGGUUUUUUUUUUUUUUUUUAUUAAGGUAGAUUAGUUCGAAUAUUUUUAUAUGUUGACGUUAAUAGAGAAUCUAUGCGGGGAUACCAAAUUUUUUUUUGGCGAGAACAAUGGAUACCUCUACUUUUUAAACGGUACGAAGCUUCGCGGUCGGCGGCUGAAUGUAAUUUACCAUAAUUCCACGGUACCCGUGAUUUUAAGCGAUUUUUAAAAUCGAUGACUUCGUUGUUCGUAUUCACGCUAAUGUUAUGUAGUUUGUUAAGCUGUUCGCUACGCGGCGAGCACACCAUCGUUCAAAAACGUGCGGAUCUAUGACAAUCUUGUUCGAAAUUGACAAGAAACUAUUUUCCUUUACUGCCAGGUAUCACACACUCUCUCUUUCUCUCUCUCUCUCUCUCUCUCUCUUUUGUGGAGCCGCCAUCAAACGCUUACCUUUUAUUAUUAAAAUAGAUGCACACUCUGUUCAACGGUGGGGAGAAAAAGACAAAAAAAAAAAAGAAAUCACGAAAAACGGCGCGACACCGUGCGAUUACAGUUUGUACAGGAGUAUACAUAGCGCGUACUUUUUAGUAGUUACUAUCAUUGUUGUCGCCAUCGUUGACGAAGCUCCCCCGUUAAUUUCAGCCGUGUUGUAAUCCACGCUGUCAAAAUUCCAUCGUUCAACAAAAUUGUGCGUAGAUGCAAUCGGACGAAUUUCUGUCGAUUUGAAAAACAAAUAGAAUCAAAAAUUCUGAGAACGAAUCGACGCGGUGGGUUGAAUCCCUCGAAGCUUCCUAUCUCUGUCGCUGAAUCGUGUGACUUCCGGUCGACGACGACUUUAACGGAAAAUUAAAAAAUAAAGAGGAUCGGGUAUUCCAGUGUUUCUCGAACUUCCCCAAACUCCCGGAGGUUUUCAAACUCUUCAAAGAGAAAAGGAAUUUGUUCUUGAUGGAAAUAAAAUUUUUACAGAGUUCCUCGAUAUUCGUCCAAAACGAUAAAAGUAUGGUUGAUAUAUUCAGACACCGUCCAAAAAAAGGGUCAGAACCGAUGCAGGUCUGGUAAUUUGUUCACAUUCGAUUAAUCUUUGAUAAAGAAUUUUUCCAAAAGGAGGUUCUAAUAAUUUCAUUUUACCGUGGCGAACUCGCGGGAGAGCGAAGUUCGAGAAUCACUGAAUUAUUCGUAGACGCGAGUUUUGGCUUUCAGGAAGUUACCGCGACUUUGCGCGCGUGGCUUCCGGACGGAAAGGCUCGGACGACGCGCGAGCGGUGAUGGCGAAAAGAAUUUUCCUUCUAAAUAAUAUCUAGUUUUUAACGAUCGUCCAAUGGGGUGAGAGGAUCGGUUGGUCGAUCUUUCUCGUAACCCGUCGGUGAACUCAGCUGUUCGAUAUUACAAAUUCGUCAAACUUCGCGGUCGUCGAAGGUGAAAACGAAGUGGAAGGGAGGACCUUCGAACGAACCACGGAGACGCACGUGAUAAGGAACAAUGUAAAAGUAGAGAGAUGAAGCGUCUCUCUCGUUCCCAUUGGUCGAGCGCUGUGGCUACCGUGUAGUCGAACAAAUUAUAAUAUCCAUGUUUCUCCGAGUGUUUGCCUGUUCGUGGACUGUGCAAUGUUUAGCGGGGCGCGCGUUCGUGUGAAUGAUUUUUGCGGGAGAGAAGAAAGAAAAUUGCGAGAAAAGCUGGAUGGGCAACGAGAUCGACGGAGAAUAAUGGUUCUCAGGCGUUGUGGGAAACGCGAAAAAAAGAGAGAGAAAUAAAACAAGAGCGGAGGGGUGGGAAAAGACCGAGAAGAAUCCCCAGCGCGGGAUUCUUUUGGAGUUUUCCCAUGUAUUUUAUUUUUCUGUUUCUUUUCCCUUUUUUCUUUUCUGUCUUUUUCUAUUUUCGAGAUCAUCCUUUUACGCCGCGCGGGGGCCCGCUCUCGAGCCCAGACGCACGGCACACGAAACAUACGACUAAAUAAUACGAACGACUGUAAAUAUUAAUUGAAUGCGAUAGGCGUAAAUUGUAAAACACCGCAAUAGAGAGAUCCACGCUACGCGCUACGAUAUUACGCAUGGCAGAACGAAGGAAUACUUAUAAAUAUUGAUUUUUAGGUAAACUGGCGCCCUAACGCAAAACAAACGAUACACCAUAUACAUAUAUAAAUAUUAUACAUAUAUACAUAGAUAUAUAUAUAUUAUAUAUAUAUUAUUAUAUCGAGGCGUACAAGCAGUAUGUGCGUUUUCCAGCACAGAUAGUUGGUAUUUUGUGUACAAAUGAGAUGAACAAAAUAAAAAAUGCAGAAGAUACGCGCACCGGGGCGGGACGCAAUUCGUUGGAUAUUUUCCAAUUUAUUGUCAGCGCUGAUUGCGUCUCUGUGCAUCGAUCGCUCCCGUGGACGAUCCACGAUCGCGUUCGUGCAAACCUCGAACCUCCCGUCUAUCCUGUCGCUACUUUUCAAAGUUCGGUAAAGAAAUCUCUGGUCAAUCGUCGAGAUACGAAGCUAGAAAUUUUGAGACAACUGUGGGACGAAUCGUAGAUCUAUACGACAAAGAGUUUGGAUCGACGACGCGGUUAGUUUUCAUGCAAUAAAAUUGGAAACGUGGGCGCGACUCUGGUGACUUCGAUGCGUGGUUGAAGAGUUCGUUGGACAUGCAGCGUCCUGUGCAGACGAGCGUUAUGACUCGCAGAUUUGUUCGAAAAAGUGUAACAGAUUGUUUCGUUUCUAUCGAAUGAGCCGAGUCGAUAAAAUUAAAUGAAAAUUCUAAGUUCGUUUCUAUGUAUCGUUUACACCACAAAUAUGGGCGAAAUACUUGCCAGUGAAAGAUGUAUUCCUUAAAAACUACAAUCUGAAUCGUACAAUGAAACAAUACGAAUAAAAUUUUGAAAUCAGAGAACAGCUUAAAUAAAUAAAGAUCCUCUUCUUGAUAUUUGAUAUUAAGACUGUACGAAGGUACAGUGAAUAGAUACAGCGAACAAAUCUACGAAUCAUGGUGUUUGCACGGCUCAAUCGCGAUUCGUGGAACGGCGAGGAUCGAGCACAGUAAAAAGUCAGACUGUAAAAAGAAAUUGUCACUGUCCGUGCAAACGGACGAUUCUACUUGUAUCAUAAUAUCUUACGAUAGCGCUAUUAUAAACAAUAACGACAGCAACAACAAUAAGGUAACUUGUAAUUUAAGGGAGAUGUACGUCGACUGAUAUUAGUGAUGGCUGCGUCACUAAAGGAUGCAACGCGAGAAAAGGGCUUUUCAGGGCGUCCUGGUCGCCGUGUCUCGCGAUUCCCUUACCUUGGCGUUUCGUGUUCUCGCUAUCCAAGCUAGGGAUAUUAAAAUAAUGGCGAGAGUGGAGAAAUAGCGCGAGGCUCGCGGCCCCAGGGCGCCGGCCCGACAGAUUUUUACCAAAACGGCUCCGCGGGAGUCGCGGAGCGGAAGCAGUCGAUUAGACGUAAAUAAUUAAAUUUCGUUGUGUUUUGUAAACGAAGCGGAAGCACGUACAGGCCCAUGACUGCCUGUGCUUCGUGCCGGUUGUUGAUCAGGCGACUCGUCGACAAAAAUCGCGAAUGGACGAAUUUAGCAAACGCGGGACGCGAUUUCGCGAACGAUCGCUGGCGACGCCCGACGUCCGCGUGCCUUCUUCUUUUUUAUCACAUUGUUGAUCGUGAUCUCUGAAAUUGUUUGUCAGAUUUUAAUUGGGAAUUUUACGGCGCGGGAAUACUUUCGAUUCCGUCUGUUUUAAAACGAUCGCGAUCCAUUCGCGUCUCGAGGCCCGGGCGAGAGAAUUUAUUUAUUGUUCUUAGGUAAUAUUUAUACAUAGUUUGGAAAUUUGUUACGUUGUUUUCUCGAUGCAGCGGUGAACGGGAACGUUCGACCAGCGAUCGGUCGCGGACGCGUCGUUCGGGACGUAAUUUGGGGAGAAACGCGUUGUAUUAUAUAUCGAAAUCGAGAAACCCUCUAAGUGUAAGAAUAAUAAUGUAUAUAUAAUUAUUAUACCGAUAAACUUCGAUUGAUCGCGUUCCAGCAGAAUGGAGCUGCCCUCCCCCCCACGCCACUCGUACGAGAGCGAAAACGAAGAAAAGAUCGAACGAAAAUUGUAACGCACGAAGACGAACGAGGACACGAAGCGACAAAUCCGAUGGUAAUAUAUUCGUGGACGAACGCUAAAGAGACGAAUGGGGAAAAAAAGUAAACUGUUCUCGCAUUGAUUUUGAUGAAAACAAAA